AGUUAAGAAAAUGGAUGAAGUUAACCAACCAGUAACUAAUGAUCUAUGGAAAUAUGAUUCUCAAUUUGACACUUAUUGCUUUCACAGAAUUUAUAUAAAAUUACUUUUAUAUACAGGAUGAAUGAUUAUAAAAUGCCUAUUAUCGAGCCUACUAUUGAUUAUACAAAGGUUCCACCGAUAAAUCAAAAAAGAACAAUUUCUUUUAUUAAUCAUUUUAUUAUACAUACUGUAACUUUUCUUAAUAAAUUUGCACUAUCAUGCGAAGAGAAAUUAUUUGAAUUUGAAAAUAAACUUCAAAGAGUAGAAGCAUCUCUAGCAAUUCUUGAAUCUCGGUUAUCUUCGAUACCAGACUUGCAACCAAGCACAGAUAUUCAAAAUGAUAACAUCAAAGAAAACAAUGAAGUUAAAUCUGAGAAUGUAGAAGUCUCAAAAAUAGAUGAACCAGAUAACGUAGAGGAAAACAAAUCUAGUAGCAAUGAAUCUUCUAUACAGCAAGUUGAAAGAGAUCCUCGUUAUGAUAAAUAUUUUAGAAUGAUUCAUUUUGGUGCACAAAAAGAAGCAGUCAAAUUACAAGUACAACAAGAAGGACUGGACCCGACUGUUUUGGACGAGCCACAACAUAUAUCUUCUUCUAAAGGCAAAUCGAAUGUGGCAAAUACAACUGCGAGUCAAGGUGACUAACUCAUUGAAUGUUAUAAACAUACUUUCGUUAACAUAUUUGUUAUAUCAAAAAAAUCACUCUUAAUAAAAUAAACAAAUAUAAAAAUUCAGAUUUAUUUUAUUUCUUAUUAAAUUUACAGAACAUAGCGUAAAAUAAAUCAUUUAGAACUGAAUCAUUUGUCCCUGAAAAUAAUAAUAUAUUAAAGAUUAGUACUUUAAAGAUUAGUACUUUAUAGAAUUUAGGUAUGUAAAAAUUGUUGUAAUGUAUUUACCUUACGUUUCUUGUCACCACCUAAUUCGAAGUGCUUGCAUCUUUUAAGAGGAAUUUGUUUUCUGUACUUACACUCUGUACAUUCCAUUCUUAACACUAUUUUCUUGGUAGUUUUAGCCUAUCGAUGAAAAAGAAAUACUAUUGUAACACAAAUCUUUGUAUUGAUUGAUAAUAUGUAGCAAUGAUAGUAUGUACGAAGAUAUUUUAAAUACAAUUACAGAUUAUAUAUUUGUUUUAUAAUAUCAAAUAUUUUCUUUAUUAUGUACAUAUAACAUAAUCUAUAAAAUAAACAUACCUUCUUUCUGAA